GGGACGGGAAACGCCGGCGGGGAGACUGAACCUGGAGUCCGUGCCUGGCGCGGGGCCAAUGACGGCCCGGGAGCGCGGCGCCGCUUCGGGCCGGAACUUCCUGCGUUCCAGGCCUGCCAGGCCCGGCCCGGGCCUGGUGUGCGCGUCCGCGUCACCCGACCUUUCCGGAGCAAGGGGGCCGAGACCGGGGGGCUGGGACCCUGCUCCGCCCCGCGGCCCGCGGCCCGCGCGCCUGCACCAGCCGGGAGCCCGAGGCCCGAGGGCCCGCCGCGCCCGGGGCCAGGCGAAGCCGGGGGUUACCGGGGGCUGACCGUCUCCGGCGGCUCCGCUGCGAGCCCGGGCACCGAUGGCGGCGGCGGCGGCACUCAGAGACCCGGGACAGGGCUGUGUGACCUUUGAGGACGUGACCAUUUACUUCUCCCAGGAGGAGUGGGGGCUCCUUGAUGAGGCUCAGAGGCUCCUGUACUGCGACGUGAUGCUGGAGAACUUUGCACUUAUAGCCUCGCUGGGACUUACCUCCUUCAGGUCUCACAUAGUCGCCCAGCUGCAGAUUGGGGCAGAGCCAUGGGUGCCUGACAGGGUGGACAUGACGUCAGCCAUGGCAAGAGGGGCGUACAGCGGACCUAUCUCUGGGUUUUGCUGUGGAACGGAGGGUGAGCGUAGAGUGUCUGCAGAAGGAGUGUCACAGGACAGGAAGCUCAAGGCGGCUCUGUCCAACCAGAAGGACUACUCCUGUGACGCGUGUGGCCUGUACUUGAAAGACAUUUUGCACCUGACUGAACACCAGGCAACACAUGCCAGGCAGAAACCAGACGUGUGUGAGGCGGCUGGGAGAGGGAUCGAGUCCAUGCUGAAUAUAGACAAGCCUGUCAGAAGGGAUGAGGACAGGGCCUCACCUGUGAAGAGCUGCAGAGAUGACACAUCAAAGGAACCUUUCACAGUCAGGGAGGAUGGGAAGGACUUUGUGGGUGGGACGGCCACAUCCGGCUUUCUGCGGCAUCAGAUCACUCACAGAGCGGAGGAGCCCCCCCAGAGCACUGACGUGCAGAGCCAUAGCAAGUGCGGUGAAUUUGGGAACGCUUUCAGUGACAAGCCCACACCUGUUCAGCACCAGAGAACCCACACUAGAGAAAGGCCUUAUGAGUGCAACAAAUGUGGGAUAUUCUUUAGCCACGCUUCCGGCCUCUUUCAGCACCAGAGAGAUCACAAUAGAGGAAAGCCUUAUGAGUGCUGCGAAUGUGGGAAGUUCUUUAGCCAACACUCUAGUCUCGUUAAACAUCAGAGAGUUCACACUGGGGAAAGCCCUCACGUGUGCAGUGAAUGUGGGAAAUUCUUUAGCCGAAGCUCCAACCUCAUUCAGCAUAAGAGGGUGCACACAGGAGAGAAGCCUUACGAGUGCAGCGAAUGUGGGAAGUUCUUCAGCCAGCGCUCCAACCUCAUUCAUCAUAAGAGGGUUCAUACGGGCAAAAGUGCUCACGAGUGCAGUGAGUGUGGGAAGUCUUUCAACUGCAACUCCAGCCUCAUUAAGCACUGGAGGGUUCACACUGGAGAAAGACCUUAUAAGUGCAGCGAAUGUGGGAAAUUCUUCAGCCACAUCGCCAGUCUUAUCCAACAUCAGAUAGUCCACACUGGUGAACGGCCUUAUGGGUGCAGCGAAUGUGGGAAAGCCUUCAGCCGGAGCUCUGACCUCAUGAAGCAUCAGAGAGUCCACACUGGGGAACGGCCUUAUGAGUGCAUCGAAUGUGGGAAAUUGUUUAGCCAGAGCUCCAGCCUCAACAGCCAUCGGAGACUUCACACUGGCGAACGGCCUUACCAGUGCCCUGAAUGUGGGAAAUUCUUUAACCAAAGCUCCAGCCUCCAUAACCAUCGGAGACUUCACACCGGUGAGCGGCCUUAUGAGUGCCUCGAAUGUGGGAAAACCUUCAGGCAAAGGUCUAAUCUGAGGCAACACCAGAAGGUUCACAAACCAGACAGGCCAUAUAAGUGUGGCGAAUGUGGAAAAGCCUUCAGCCAGAGGCCUACCCUUGUCCGGCACCAGAAAAUUCACACUAGGGAAAGGAGUGCAGAGAAUGUGCACCCUCCUCCAGCACAACGAUGUGCAGUGGAGAUAAGCUCUGAGAACAGUCUUUACGAGGAGGCCAUCAGCCAGAGGUUGAACCUCGUUCAUCCCAGUGUCCACACUGGGCAGAUUCCCUAUGAAUGCUAGUUAUGUUGGAAGGUCUCAGGAACAAAGUAGCAUUUUCUCACCGUGGACUCUACCAGACCUUUGUCACUGCAAGUGUUUGUGGUAGAAGCCAUUGAGCUCUGGCAGGUCUCCAAGAGCAUGUGUCAGCCAGUCCCUGUGUUCAGACCUCUUCUCUUUUGCCAAGAGGGAAUCCCAAGUAGCCUGAGGCCACAGGAAGAUGUCAUUCCCUCCUUCUGUGGCCAGUGUAGCUGUGGACAUGACCCAUCUUUUGACCGUAAAGACCUGAGCUGGGUUCUCCUGGCGGCUUUCGGAGAAGGUUUCCCUUCUUCCAAGGGAAGAUUUCAUAUGAUGCUCAUGAUGGAUUUAUCCAGACUCCACAUUACCCAUCCCAACAACUACCUACUUUACAUUGCCUUAGUGAUAAAGCCCCCUUUAAUCCCAUGUGUUCUGAUCACUGUGAAGUGGGUUGAGAACACAGUUAAGGUCUACCAAACUAAAAGGGUCUCCAAAUGUAUUGCCUCAGAGAAAGAGCAGGAUAGUGGAGAAUAGCUGUCCAGAUUUGGCCUCCUUUGUGUUGCUACUCAAGGCUUCCUGGGGAAGAUGGUAGGACUUUGUGGGCCUAAUGUGAUCUGAGUGGCAUGGAUUUUUGUGAGCCAGAGAUUAUCCUGAGGACGGGGCAGUUGUGACAACCUCCUCUGUAUCUGGGAGCAGCAUGAAUAGGGCCCCAUUUCCACGGGAUGCCUCAUGUUCCCUAGCACUGUUAAGCAGACACUGUUUACCUGGCACCUGCCAAGGAGCCAUAUGCCUUGAAGUUUAGCAUCUGGUAUACAGGUGUCCUAACUGUAAGACUUACUGGGCCCAAUUGAGACCAUAAUUUGUAUGGAAACACUGGAGGUGAUGAUGAAGUAGACAAAUCUGCAGCAAACUAGAGGGAAUGUACCUGUUCUAAAAGUGCAUCCACAAAUGUUCCUUUGAAUGUAACUGUGCAGAAUUCAGUCUUUGCAGAAAUUCUCAGGACCUCCAGACCUCUGUCCUAUGAGUCAGGUCACUGACAGAGCAAAAACCUAAAGGUUUUGUGGGUACUAAGUCUCUCUGCAUUAUUCGUGCCACAGCCAUUGCUGCAUUGGCAGGAGAAUGGGGGCUGAGCGAAGGUAGACCCUGUACUCCAGGGAUGUAGCAUUUGUCACAUAGCCAGCCAUUUUUGCUGCCAAGACAGAGAAGGGAGUCAAUGUAGGGUUGCCAAAUCUAAUUUUCUAAAAUGAAUGGGAGAUCAGAUUUUUAUGUGCAACAAUUUAUUUAAAUGCUUUGUUGAGAUAUAAUUGUCAUGCAACAGUUGGACAUAUUUGAUGUGUACAAUUUGAGAAGUUUUCAGUAUGUAUACACUCAGGGAACCAACACCAGAACCAUGACAAUGACAGUGGACCUAUCCAUCACCCACAAAGCUACCUCGUGCCCUUUACUAUCCCUCAUGCCUUCCCAGAAAACCAUGAUUUACCCUUUUUUCUUUUUUUCUUUUUUUACUACAGAUUUGUUUGCCUUUCUUAGAAUUUUAUACAACUGGAAUCAUAAAGUAUUUAUACCCUAUUUUUGGUCUUUUUUCUUUUACAAUGUAAUUAUCUUGAGAAUUAUCCAUGCUGUAUGUAUGAACAGUUCAUUCCUUUUGCUGUUGAGUAGUGUUCUCUUGAGUAAAUCCAUCACAAUUUUUUAUGCUUUAUUUUUUAAGUUAAAAAGUCUGGUAAAAUACACAUAAUAUAAAAUUUACUAUCUUUACCAUCUCUAAGUGCAUAGUUCAGGGUGUAUUAAGUACAUUCAUAUUAUACAGCCAUCACCACCAUUCACAUCCCGAGCUCUUUUCAUCUUGCAAAACCAAAAGUCCGUACCCAUUAAACAAUAACUUCAAAGCCGCCCCCCGCAAGCCCCUGGAAACCGCCCUUCUACUUUCUGUCUCUCUGAAUUUGACUACUUCAGGUACCUCAUAUGCAUUGAGUCAUCUAGUAUUUGUCUUUUUGUGAGUGGUUUAUUUCACUUGGCAUAAUGUCCUCAAGGUUCAUCCAUGUUUUAUGCCAUGUGUCAGAAUUUCUUUUUAUGGCUGAAUAAUAUGCCAUUGUAUUUUUAUGCCAUAUUUUGCUUAUUCAUUCAUCUGUCAAUGGAUAUUUGGUUUACUUCCACCUUUUAGCUAUCGUGAACCAUGCAGCUAUGACCAUGGGUGUACAAAUAUCUCCUUGAGACCUUGCUUUCUAUUCUUGUUUUAUUUAUUUAUUUUUUAAGAUUUUAUUUGAGAGAGAACGAGCAAGAGAGCAUAAGUAGGCUGAGGGGCAGAGGGAGAAGCACACUCCCUGCUGAGCAGGGAGCCCGAUGUGGGGCUCAAUCCUGGGACUCUGGGGUCAUGACCUGAGCCGAAGGCAGACAGCUAACCAACUGAGACACCCAGGCGCCCCCUUGCUUUCUUUAUAGAUAUAUCUGGAAGUGGAAUUACUGGCUCAUAUGGUAAUUAUAUUUUUAAUUUUUUGAGGAGCUGCCAUACUGUUUUCCACAGUUGCUCUAUCAUUUUAUAUUCCUACCAACAGUAUACAUGGGUUCUGAUUUUUCCACAUCCUCACCAACACUUGUUUUAUCUUUAAAAAAAAAUCUAAAAAAUGUUUGAAUAGUAUCUAUCCUGAUAUAUGUGAAGUGGUUUCCUUCUAUCCUACCUUGUUGAGUGUUUUUAUCAUGAAAGGGUGUUGGAUUUUGUCGAAUGCUUUUUUUUUCCAUAAAUUGAUAGGGUCCUAUGUUUUUUCCUUCUGUUAAUAUGGUGUAUUAUACUGAUUGAUUUUCGUAUGUUGAAACUUCCUUGCAUUCCAAGAAUAAAUCCCACUUAAACAUGGUAUAUAAUCCUUUCAGUAUGCUGCUAAAUUCUGUUUGCUAGUAUUUAAAGAUAUUUGCACCCAUGUUCAUAGGUGAUAUUGGUCUGCACUUUUCUUAUACUAUCAUUUUCUGGCUUUGGUAUCAGGGCAAAUGAAUUCGGAAUUGUUCUCUUCAAGUUUUUGGAAAAUCUUAACAAAGAUUAGUGCUAUUUCUUUAAUGUGUAGAAUUCACCAAUAAAGUCACUGGGUCCAGAGCUUUGUUGUGAGGAGGUUUUUGGUUGUUUAUUCAUUAUACUUACUAAUUAUAAGUUUAUUCAGAUAUUCUCUUCAUGACUCAGUCUUGAUAGGAUUUGUAUUUCUAAGGAUUAGUCUAUUUCACCUAGGUUCCAUUUUUUGUGUGUACAGUUGUUCAUAGUACUCUUGUAAUCCUUUUUAUUUCUGUAGAAUUGGUAGUAAUGCCCCCACUUAUAUUUCUGAUUCCAGUAAUUUGAGUCUUCUCUCUUCUUUUAGUCACUCUAACUAAAGGUUGGUCAAUUUUGUUCAACUUUUUGAAGAACCAUCUUCUGGAUUUGUUGAUUUUUCUCUAUUGUUUUUCUAUUCUCUAUUUUUUAAAUCUCUAAUCUUUAGUAUUUUUUUUUAAGAUUUUAUUUAUUUGACAGAAAGAGACACAGUGAGAGAGGGAACACAAGCAGAGGGAGUGGGAGAGGGAGAAGCAGGCUUCCCGUGGAGCAGGGAGCCCAAUGUGGGGCUCGAUCCCAGGACCCUGAGAUCAUGACCUGAGCCGAAGGCAGAUGCUUACCAACUGAGCCAUCCAGGCGCCCCAUCUUUAGUAUUUCUUAACUUUGUCUAGCUCUUGGUUUAGUUCUUCUUCUAGUUCUUUAAGUUGCAAAGUAAGGUUGUUGAUUUGAGAUCUCUCUUUUUUAAUAUAAGCUUCCUCCAUACAGCUUUUGCUACAUGUCAUAAAUUUUGGUAUGUUGUUUUUGUUUUCUUCCUUCCUUCCUUUCUUUUCUGUCUUUCCUUCCUUUCUUCCUCCCUCCAUACUUCCUUCCUUUCUUCUUACCCCCCCGCUUUUUUUGAGAGAGAGAGCAUGCACACGCCCAUGUGAGCAGGAGGGGGAGGCCCAGAGGGAGAGGAAGAGAAUCUUAACAGACUCUGCAUUGAGUGUAAAGCUUGACCUGGGGCUUGAUCUCACGAUUCUGAGAUCAUGAUGAGCCAAAAUCAAGAGUCGGACACUUAACCGACUGAGCCCCCCAGGUGCCCCGUGUUUUUGUUUUCUUUCAUCUUGGGUAUUUUCUAAUAUUCCUGGUGAUUUCUCCUUUGUUUCAGUGAUUGUUUAAGCAUGUGUUAUUUAAUUUGUGAAUUUUCCAAUUUGCCUUUCAUCAAUUUCUAACUUCAUCCUGCUGAGAUUAGAGAAAAUAGUUUGCAUAAUAUCUUUUAAAACCUAUUAAGCCUUAAUUUGUGACCUAAUGUGGUCUAUCAUAGAAAUGUCCUAUGUGCACCUGAGAACAAUGUUUUCUGUUGGUGGUGCUUAGAGUAUUGUGUACAUUUCUGUUAGUUCUGAUUGGUUUAUUGUAUUGUUCAAGACCUUUAUUUCCUUAAUGACUUUUCUCCAUUAUUGAGAGCAGGGUGUUGAAGUCUCCAACUAUUGUAAAACUAUUUCUUCCUGUCAGUUUUUGAGUCAUAUAUUUUCUUGGUCUGUUAUUAGUUUCACAAAUGUUUAUAAUUGUUAUACCUUCUUGCUGUAUAAAACCUUUUAUUAUGAUAUAAAAAUGUCCAAAUUUGUGUUGUAAACUUUUUUCGUAUGGAAACUUAUUUGCAUGGAAUGUUUUUCCAUCCUUUCACUUUCAACCUACUUGUGUCUUUAACUUAAAGUUAGUCUCUGUGGGCAGCAUGUAGUUGGAUAAUAUUUUAAACAUCCAUUCUGUCAGUCUCUGUCUUUUGAUUGGAGAGUUUAAUCCAUUUACAUUUAAAGUAAUUACUGAUGAAGAAUUUACUUCUGUGAUUUUGCUAUUUGUUUUCUAUAUGGCUUUUCUGUCAUCCAUUUCCUAUAUUACUGUCUUUUUUUUUUUUAUGUGAAAUGCUUUAAUUCCCUUCUCAUUUCCUUUUGUGUAUAUUCUAUAGCUAUUUUCUUUGUGGUUACCAUGGAGAUUAUGUUGAACAUUCAAAAAUUAUUAACACUUUAAUUUGAAUUUAUAUUAACUUCAAUACCAUACAAAAACUAUGCUCCUAUGUAAUUCCAUCCCCAACUCUUUCAGUUAUUGAUAUCACAGAAUUACAUAUUUAUACAUUUAAUGUCCAAAACAUAGGCUAAUAACUGUUCUUAAAGAUGUACAAGCUUUUUAAGAAAAUGCAUGAGCUUUUUAAAUCGUGUAGAAAUUUUAAAAUGGAGUUAUAAACCAAAGUUACAAUAAUAGUAGUUUUUAUAAUUGUCCAUGUAUUUAUCUUUACAAGUGAUCUUUAUUCCUUCAUAUGGCUUAGAAUUAGUCCAGUGCCCUUUGGUUUCAAGUGGAAGGACUCCCUUUAGCAUUUCUUGCUGGGCAGGUCUAGUGGUAACAAACUUCCUUGGAUUUUGUUUAUCUGGGAAUUAAUUUCUCCCUUACUUUUGAAAGACAGAUUUGCCAGAUAGACGAGCUUGGUUACCAUUUUCUUUUCUUUCAGUACUUUGAACGUACUAGCCCAUUGCCUUCUGGCUUCUAAGGAUUCUGAUGAAGAAUCUGUGGAUAAUCUUAUUGAGUAUCCUUUGUAUGCGACAAAUCACCUCUCUUGUUCCUUUCAAAUUUCUUUGUCUUUUGACAGAUUGUAAUUUGUCUGGAUUUGGGCCUCUUUGAAUUUAUCCUUCUUGGAGUUCAUUGAGCUUCUUGGAUGCUUAUAUUCAUGUAUUUCAUCAAAUUGGGGGAGUUAAUUCUUAAAGUUAUCUCUCUUCUCCUUUCUCUCAUCUCCUGGGAUUCACACAACAUGUAUAUUGUUCCUCUUGAAGGUGUUCCAGAGGUGCUGUAUAUUCUGUUGACUUCUUCUAUCUUUUUUCUUUUGAUUUUCCUAUCUUGAAGUUCACUGAUUCUCCCAUAUCCUCACAUCUGCUUUUGAAUCCCUCUAGCAAAUUUUUCAUUUCAGUUAUGGUAAUUUUAGCAACAGAAUUUUUUUUUCUUUUUAUGUUUUCUGUUUUUUUUUUUUUUUUUUUUUUAAGAUUUUAUUUAUUUGCGAGAGAGAGAAUGAGAGACAGAGAGCAUGAGAGGGAGGAGGGUCAGAGGGAGAAGCAGACUCCCUGCCGAGCAGGGAGCCCGAUGUGGGACUCGAUCCCGGGACUCCAGGAUCAUGACCUGAGCUGAAAGCAGUCGCUUAACCAACUGAGCCACCCAGGUGCCCUCUUUUUAUGUUUUCUAUGUCUUGUGUGACAUUUCCAUUUUGUUCAUACAUUAUUUUCUUGCCUUUCUCCAUAUCUUACUUUAGUUAUUUGAUCAUCUGUAAGAUAGUUGUUUUAAAGUGUUUGUCUAGUAGAGCUGCCAUCAGGUCUUUUUAAGAGAUAGUUUCUGAUGAUUUUUUUUUUUUUCUCUGAAUGGGCCAUAUUUUCCCAUUUCCUUAUAUGCCUUGUGAUUUUUUUUUUUUGAACACUGGACAAUUUAAAUUUAAUAAUGUGUUAACUUGGGAAAAUCAGAUUCUUCAUCUUUCCCCAGGGUUUGCCAUUUUUAUUUAAUUUUUAAAAUUUAAUUGUCAUAGGUUGUCUCUGCUGGGGAACAGCCUGUGGUGUAUCUCAGGUCUUUUCUGAGCCUGUGCCUUGAAUUUUAAAAUUCUCCUGUAUAUGUGAUUGCUUUGGAAUGUCUUAAUCCUAAAUAUUUAGCUCCCAAAAGGAGAGAAAGAAAAAUGAAGGGGAAAAAAAUGUGCUGGUACCUAAAUUCCCUGAAAGUCACUCUGCCAGAGAGGGAGGGGCUUGCAACAAUUGGAUAAGGGUUGCACAAAUGGCUGCCCACUACUGUGAUUUCACCUCUGCAAUCAGGUUAGAGCACAGAUCCUCAAUAUUUGGAGAGUGGGGUCCUACCCAGGCUCCCAAAAAUUGCAUGCAUGCUGCUCCAGGGACACACACAUAGCUGCCUACCACAGGGCAAGGGGAUAAGGGAUGGGAGCGGCUACAGUGCUAAGGACUGACACUAACCCAAAUUAACUGUAAUUUACUACUGCUUAAGCCUUCCUCUGCAAGUUGUAAGCCUUUGAAUGGACCCCAGAGUUCCAAAAUAAUUACAGUAGACACAUUCUGCCAGUACAAUUGUUGUCAGGGUAGGGAGAUUACUUUCUAGUGCUCCCUAUCCACUACCUUUCCAGAAUCCUUAUUCAAAUGCACUAUAAUUUUUUAACCUUUUAAUAUGUUAAAUGACAUGGGUUUUUAGCUAUUACAAAUUAAGCUAUGACCAUGAGUGUACAGGUCUUCAUAUGGGUCUACGCUUUCAUUUCCCUUGUGAUAAUAUCUAGGAGUACAGUACCUUUGUCACAGGGCAGAGAAAUAUUUAAAUUUUUGGAAACUGACAAACUGUGUUCUAAAGUGCUUAGACCAUGUUACUUUCCCCCAGCAGUGAAUGAGUUCCAGUUCUUCCAUAUAUUAGCCAACAAUUGCUAUGAUCAAUGUUUUUAAUGUUUGUCAUUUUAACAGGUAGGUAGUAGUAGAUCCUCACUGUGGCUUUACCUUGCAUUUAUCUAAUGACUCAUGACCUUGAGCAUUUUUAAAAAUGUUAUUUACCACCCACGUAUCUUUGGUAAAAUGUCCUUUCAUAUCUUUUGCCUUCUUUUGAAAUAAAUGUUGGUUAAUAUUUCUAUUUUCAUGAACAAGAAUACAAUGAAACAGCAAAGAACUUUGUUGGAACUUCA